AUGUUUGAUGCAUAUCCAAAAGAUAAUAUUGAUGAUUCAAACGAAAUUCAAUUAGUUAUUUAUGAAGCCAUUAGCUAUGGAUUAAAUGUUACUAUUGCCUUUGGAUUUGGAAUAGAUCAAACAUUAUUAAUAGGUACAUCAAUAAUGUCUAUAUUCUAUGCUCAGUAUUUUAAUGGAUUAAAAAUCACUUCAUUAUCGAUUGAUUUCGAUCCAUUAUCAUUUACAACUGGUUAUGUUGUUAAUGUAACUGACACUGAUCUAGAUGUUGAAAUUUUCAGUUCAAAAACAUAUAAUUUUUAUCAAAUUCCACCAACAAAUGUCAAUACUAGUCUCGUUUUCUACUGUGGAUCUGCCGUUUUUUUUCAACUAUCAUUAUAUUGGCAUGAAGGUCCUGCAAGUCGAAAUGUAACGCUUGCUGAAAAUCUUUUUAUCAAUUGUAAUGAAGGCAUCGGACAAGAACAAGGUCUUAUCACCAUUUUACCAAAUCCAGUUCAAUUAGUACCAGUUAUUUGUGAUAUUGGAAUGGAAUCUUCAAUAUUGUAUUUUGGAAGGUAUAGUCAAGGUCUUAUUCGAGCUAAUAAUGCUAAUAAUCUAUUCCUCAAUGAUAAUUAUACAGCGACAAACAGUUCGAGAUUAUUAAUAUCUAUAUGUAAUAGUCGAAAUCUAACUGCAAGUAAUAAUACAACUGUUACUACUCAAUCAAAAAUAGAUGAAUAUUAUAUAUUUGAUAAAACACAUCCAUGUCAAAUGAAUUUGAGCAGUCUAAUUGAUCUACCUGCAUCAGCAUUUAACUCCUCGUUUCCUCCACCUGUUAUCAUUGCAGAUUCAUCUCAUCCAAAUCAGAAACAUAAAUUCGUUUCUGAUAACAAUAAAACCCAUAAAAUUCUAAAGAAAAUAUUACACAAUCUAUAG